AAAGAGAAAAGUGACUGGAAGAAACCAUUCACAAUGCUUUGAAGGGAGAGGGGAAAUGGGAAGUAUUUUCUUAUAUUUUCCGGUAUAUCCCACAUUUUCUGCAAGUUAAUAAAUGCUAUUUAGAAAGAAAAAAAAUCACAACUAAACCUUCAAACUUGGUCAGAAAGAAAAUUUUUACAAAAUCUCACUUCGUGAAAGUGACUUGCUGCAUGACGGAGGAGAAAAUCUGACAACCGUGUGCAGUACAAAAGGUGCAAUGGAACGCUUCUUACACGCCCGGAAGUGGAUUAAGAACUAUAAGGAGAGGCGAGAGAGAUGAGGACCUCCACUACAGCUAGAGCGGCCACUAAGAGACACAGGAACUUCCGGGGCGAGGCUUUCUUGGUCCUUCCUUCCGCGGGGCGAAUGUGGUCCGCAUGCAAUGUGAAAGUUCGCGACUGCUGGGCCGUCACUUCCGUUACUCUGAGACGGUGCUUGAAAUUGGGGGCGGCCAUGGCAAAGAGCAAGUUCGAGUACGUGCGGAACUUCGAGGCUGACGACACCUGCCUGGCCCACUGUUGGGUGGUGGUGCGGCUGGACGGCAGGAAUUUCCAUCGGUUUGCUGAGAAACACAACUUUGCAAAACCUAAUGACAGCCGUGCUCUCCACCUGAUGACCAAAUGUGCCCAGACUGUAAUGACAGAACUGGAGGAUAUUGUGAUUGCGUAUGGACAGAGUGAUGAGUACAGCUUUGUGUUCAAGCGGAAAAGCAAUUGGUUUAAAAGAAGAGCCAGUAAGUUCAUGACCCAUGUGGCUUCCCAGUUUGCCUCCAGCUAUGUGUUUUAUUGGCGAGAUUACUUUGAGGACCAGCCCCUUCUGUAUCCCCCAGGCUUUGAUGGAAGAGUCAUAGUGUAUCCUAACAACCAGACCUUAAAGGACUACCUCAGUUGGCGGCAAGCAGAUUGUCACGUCAAUAAUCUUUAUAAUACAGUUUUCUGGGCACUUGUACAACAGUCUGGACUAACACCAGUACAAGCCCAAGAGAGAUUACAGGGAACUCUUGCAGCAGACAAGAAUGAGAUUUUGUUUUCUGAAUUCAACAUCAACUACAAUAAUGAGCCACUGAUGUAUAGGAAAGGGACUGUGUUGAUAUGGCAGAAGGUGGGUGAAGUCACAACAAAAGAAGUCAAGCUGCCAGCAGAAAUAGAAGGAAAAAAGAUGGCGGUGACUCGGACCAGGAUUAAGCCAGUGCCUUUAUACUGCGAUAUUAUUGGGGAUGCUUUCUGGAAGGAACAUCCAGAGAUCCUAGAUGAAGACAGCUGAUCCUUUGCUUUUCAGUCCGGGCAUGCUUAACCAUGCAAGACCCCUAAGUUUCCUGGCAGCAGGUGGCCCUAGGAUCCUUACUACCAAGAACAGUGUGCCAGGAAUAACAUGACUGACUGGAAAGGGACCAGGAAAAGAAGGGAUGUAUGGGGGUGGUUAUCUUGUUCUGCUUUAAGUAGAACAUUUUUUUUGCAGUAUUGGAACAUGGUUCCUUCUGUAGAAGUGCAUUUAAAAAAAAAAAUUGUGGUCCUAUUUUUAUAAAGCAAGAACUACUUUAUGCUUUGCAGAAUGAAUCAUUUUUACAUUGUGGCAUAAAUCUUAUAAAAACGUGUCCAGCUCUUUCCACCUAUGGUAGAUGAUGAACCCAAACUUUACUCGCAGCCACCUGUUCUUAGCUACAGAAUCCACUGACCUUUAAAGCCACCUUUCUUACCCGUGUACUUUGACCUGGAGAUAAGUAAUGGGUUGAUGGCUGCAGAUGCCUCUGAAUUCAGGAAUUCCAGGGAGAAUGAGCGCUUUGUGCCAGUUACCAAGUUGGCACCUUUGGCUGAACAAAUGAGUAGUAGUUUGGAUGUCUUUAUAUGAAUAUUCCAUAGAUUGAUUUUGUGGAGUUGUCAGCAUGAUCGUCGUCUUGCCAGGGGUAUUUCCAAGGCCACUUAACCUCUUUCUAAAAAGAAAAGGAAUUAUGUGUAUAUAUGAAAGAAAGAAAAUGUGUGAGAGUGAAUGAACAAGAAGGGAGAAGCAUUUACUCCAUUUUCUCUCGAUACUUCAGUUUUAAAAGUCCCCUUCCUAUUGGAUUCCUGAAAAGGAUUCUCAGGUAGCCUCUAUGUAAUCAGAACACUGGCAUUUGAAUUAGCACUUCCCUUGGGGUCACAAGUGGCAGGUGUCAGAGGACACCUAAUAGUUCCAGCUGCAGAUGGGUCAGUUCCAGCUGCAGACAGGGGAGGAAGAGCGGAGGACAGCAGCAGUAAUUUCGAGAACCACCACUAGCGAGGGGUCCCCCUCAAGUGGGGGGAGGUGGUGAGAGAACUCCCAUUGCCUGCUGUCCUGGUUUCAUAUUCAGAGGAAAAUUAUUUGGCUCUAGUAGGAAUUAAGAGGCAGUCUACAUUUUAGUGCCUGGUCUUGCAUCGCAGACUUCACAGCCACGAAGAAAAUGUAUUUUUGAAGGCAACGGCUGGUCUCAUCCUCCGCUAAUUGAUACUCCAUCUGUUGGAAUCAUUUUUUUCCCUUCAUGUACUCACUGCACAGGAAGAAAUAUGGUGCAUGUUUGGUAAUUGAUAAAAAUCUCUGAGAAAAUAAAGGUUUCAACUCCCUUG